CCACACACAAGAAACAGAGAGGAUAACCUUCCCGCUUCCAAAUUCCAAUCCACUCUUCCGUCGAUUCCGCCAUUGAAAUCUCAACGAAGAGAAAGCCAUGAUCUUGUUGAGACCCAUUUACAACAACAUCAAUCCCCGCCGCCACCCGCCAUUCUUAUCGGGCUCGGGUAAUCACAAUCUCCAAGCUUCCCGGGCGAGGCAAAUCGGGUUCCCGCCGAGCAGGCGAAGUCGGCCGGCGCUGACGAAAUGCUGCGGCGGAGCAGCGGAGGGGCCGCGGCGGAGCUUCCUGAGCCUGGAGGAAGCUGGGCUGGUGGAAAUGUCCGGGCUCAGCUCCCACGAGCGGUUCCUCUGCCGUUUAACGAUAUCUUCGUUGAACCUUCUGAAAGUGAUAUCGGAGCAAGAAGGGUGCGCCAUUGAGGAGCUGAAUGCAGGGAAAGUAUGCGACUGGUUCUUGAAGGACAAGCUGAAACGCGAACAGAACAUUGAUUCUGCAGUCCUUCAGUGGGACGAUUCUGAUUUCCCAAUCUAAUAAAUCCUUGUAUGUUCGUUACUUUGUUACAUUACCCAUGAAGUCUCUCUUACUAGUGCAUCCAAAUCGAGCGGAAACAAUCUAUAUGAAUGCAUGCUUGCAGCUGCUAAGGAACUGAAAGUCAAUUGUCCUAAUUAAGAGUGCGUCAGAAGAUAAAACGAACUUGAGAACGAAGGGAGCUCCAAUGAACAAUAAUAUAAAGUCGUAACCUUAACCCAUCUCCUUGAGAUGGAUCCCAACAUCCAAAUGCAACUGCAAUUUCCACUAGGGUGCUCUGCAUUACAAACAAGUAGGCAGCAUCCAACCCACAACAAUCCAUAAAAAAAAAAAGGUAUGUAAUGACAUAUUUCAGUGAGAUGAGAUUUAGAUUAAUCAGUAAAACUCGAGAACGUUAAUUAUAUUAUAAACGAUACAGGUAUGU